AUGGAUGGAGCGUCCCCGCCAAGCCGCGGUUGUUUCAGCAGGUUGCGAACCCAACUGAAAGAGCCACAUGGUCACUCAGGGCAUUCUUAUCUUCGUAAAUUUCGCUUUGCUUUGUCCUUGUUCAGCCUGUUCCACAUUCUAGCCAUCAUCGGGUCUGCGAAAGAUGUCUACCUGGAGAAAUUCGGCGCGGAUGCAACUGCAAUCGGCCUCCUCUUCUCCGUCCUCUCAUUUUGGAGCCCUUUCACGGAAUUCCUGGUGGGCCACCUGCAGGACAGAGGCAUGCUGUCUCGCUUCUUCCCCAUCGAGCGCUGGGGCAAACGAGCCCCGUGGCUCUUGACGCACUGCAUCAUCGCGGCCUGUGCGGCCAGUGUGGUCUUCAUGCCGCCCAGCCGCUCGGUGGGUGCGCAGCGCAGGCUGCAGGUAGCGACGUUGAUGCUGGCCUACUGGGGCGCCGCAUCCUGCGUCAUCGCCUUUGAAUCUGCUCGUCAGGAGAUUUAUCCCUACAAGGAGGAGCGAAUCGUGGUGGAAGGCCUUUGUAAGUACACCUGCAUGAUGGGCGGCGGCUGUGGAGCCAUCCCCGUCCUUGUCCUGUUGGCCGACGCCUCCAUGUUGAACCGCUUGGCCUUCGUCUUCUACAUCCUUUUGUUCGGUUUGGUGAGCCUCGAGGCGGUGCCCAUCUUCCGAGAGGCGAAGGUGGAGCCCAAGGCGGCGGAGGCUGAGGAGCCGGGUGAUGUCGGCAGUGUGCUGGACAUCCUGAGGGAGGUGAUGCCAGGCAGAGGAAAGGAGCCCAACAUGGCCUUCCGGCACCUCAUGGCCGUGAAGUUUUGGCACGGCGCCUAUGGCGCGUCCAUAGGGAGCACGCUCUUCUACUACGUCACGUACAACCUACGACUCGGUGGCUGGGAGCGCAUGCAGGUCAUUGUGGGGGGCGGCCUCAUAGCGGGCGUCACUGAAGUGAGCCUCAACCUGAUCUACAUGCGAAUGUUCAGCGCCGGUGAUGGCAGGCAGGACAUGAGCGGAAAGACGGACAGACAUCUCCUGCGGUUUGUCGUGUUCUGCCGACUGUGCAAUGCAGUUGCCACGUUUUUCAUCAUUGGCUGGGCCGAUGCUUCCAUCCUGAUGGUCUUCCUUUGGGCUUUCACCACCCGCCUGGGUCUGGCCAGCUUCUCCUUCUGGCGGGUGUCCGCACAGUGCUGGCUGGUGGACGAGGACUGCAUCUUCGGGGCCGUGCCGGGCCGCAGGCGCCAAGGCGUCAUCUUCGGAGCGCUGGCCAUGACGCAGAACUUCGCAGGCGCGAUCUUCUCCUCCAUGACCUUCUUGGGCUUGGGCCUGGCUGGCCUGGAGACCGUGAACUGCGAGGCCCAGUGCAAGCAUCUCUCGAACACUCUGGUGGACUCCAGCGGCGUGGUGAAGGAGUGCAUAGAGACCUGCUUUCUGGGAGUGAUCGAGCAGCAACCUGACAGCUUGCGCUGGUACGUCCGUGCUGUGAUUGGCAUGUGGGCGCCGCUUUGCGAGCUCUUGAUCGCCUUCCACGCAUGGAAGUUCCCUAUCAAGGGGGCAAGGUUGCGGCGGCUGUACGCCGGCAUUUGCCAGAGCCGUGGGGAGGAAAUCAGCCUCAAGCCCCAAGAUUCCGGGACUCCCCACACUGGACGGUCCAAGAUCGUUCUCAGCGUCGAGGCGGCCAAGAGCAAUGGUGGAAGGGUGCAGCGGACCAAAUCCGACGGCAACGGCUUGCUGUGGAGGUUAGCACACACCACCGCAAUGGUGGACUCCUGGCCAGGGGCCAAAUCCCUUUCCGUCUUCUUCGAUGUCAACGAGGCUGGCCCGCGAGACAAAGUCACCAGCUCGGGCGUGGGCAUUUCCGAGGGGGACGAGGUGCCGCAGGAGGACCCACAUGAUGAGAAGGGCUCCGUUUGGGCCGAAGUGGUGCCAGCGACGCGGGUGAGUCUUUAG